ACGUCAAAUAUUUUUGACGGGAGCCAGCCUGGAGGACGAGUACUGGUAGGUAACGGAUCCACCAAGGGAGAAGGAUGACAAUAGUAAUGUCCCCGGCUGGUUCCCGCGGCGCCCAAGUCUCCGUAUCAUGAUAAACACUGGGCCUGUCGCCCAUAUGAUGCCCGUGGCGGCUCGGAGUGGGUCCUGGAUUGCGUGGUGCCAGGCUAUCCUUUUUGGUGUGUCGGGGUUGGUGAUAUUGGCUGAAAGAACCGCGCUGAUCUAUUGUGUAGGAUUCUACCUAUGGAAUGAAGAAACGCAGUGGGCUGGGAUGACCCUCGCCUUCCUGUUGCCGGGGAUACUGGUCCAGGUGUUGAGUCUGAGGUGGUACUGUGACGACGGGGAAGACCACUAUUGGUUCCUGACCGUCACACAUGUGUUGCAACUGGGCAUCUUCCAAAGGUUGUGGGACUGCAUGAUGUCCGUAUGGGACAUGCAGGGUACUGCGGGGGAGCUCGGGGCGGCUGUGAUGCAGCAGGCCGAUGUGUCUGCCCUCCGCCUUUUGGAGGCCCUGGUCCUCACCCUCCCUCAGACACUGCUGCAGACCUACGUCUUAGCUGUCACUGACGUGGAACUCCACUCCCCGGUAGCGGUGUGCGCAGGCCUGUGCCUGCUGUCACUGUCCUGGGCGCUGGUGCUGUUCAGCCGGGCGUGCUGCCUGAUCCGCCCGGGCCACCUGGCCAUGCCCCCGGCCGCCCUGCUGUGCCAGCUGCUGUGGAGGGCGGGCAUGCUGGGCGCCCGCGUGGCAAGCCUCAUGUCCUUCGCCCGCUACUUCCACUGGUGGACCUGCGGAGUGGCAGGCUUCCACUGGCUCACGGCGUCCUUCUGGCUGGUCGCCCAGCAACCGGAAAUCUGUACCGGACCCUGGCGCUGGCGCCUAUUCAACGUCGCGCUGGGAUUGGUCCACAUCUUCCUCUUCCUCAACGUCAAAGACGGACCCUCGCGCUUUCGCAUGGCCGGCUUCUACGUGGCCAUGCUACUGGAGAACACCACCCUACUAGUGGCAGCGUCCGACUUCCUCAGUGAGAAAUCAUGGGAUAGCAUGAUCCUCCCCAUCGCUGUGCUGAGCAGCUUCCUGCUUGGUGCCACCUCUCUAGUCCUGUACUACCGCUUCCUCCACCCCAAGUCCACCGAGAUCGCCACAGGCCAUGGCCUCGGCCACCGCAACCACCACAUGGGCUCCACCUGCCUGGAGGGCCUAGAGCAGGGCGACUCUUCCUACUCCCUGGGGGGUGGGGGAGGUGACAAGAGCCUCCCCCAGGCCGCACCCUCCUCCCUGCACAAUCACGGCAGCUUCUCCCUCUCUGGCGUGGCCGGCUCCCUCCUGGAGCAUCCUGGGAGUUGCGGUCCCAGGCUGGGUAACUCGUGCCUCUGCCGCCACCACCACUGGCUCCUGAUUCGCUUGGCACUAAAAACGAGUGACUUAGGAAAGAUCAACCGGGCCUAUGGUGCCGGCGGUGUGGUGGCCAACUUGGACGAGGACGAUUACUGUUGUAACUCGGAGGCCACGGGUACAGGUGGCGGCAGGACUACCACGGCGUGUGGGGGCAACUACGACGGGGUCUCGGUGUCCGAAUCGCAGGGGACGAAGCGGGGCCUAGCACCCCUCUCGGACUGCAAGGAGGAGUUCCAGAGCGCCAGCGAUGAGCCCACAUCCGCCGAGACGCCUGGCGAGGAGGAGAGCGAGGACAGCCUGGCGGACAUGCAGAGCCCACUGGAGUCGCCGGUGUCUGACUCCUUAAAGCGCAGCUCGCCCGAGGGCAAAUCGGUGUUCGGGGACAGCCCCGAGCCCUACUGCUGCCCCAGCACCACCCUGUCCAGCUCCACACUGUACUUCAGUGCCGACCCCCAGUCCCCCAGCAGAACCAGCAACCCACGCCUGGACCGGGCCAGCCCCCCCAUGGGCAUGGCAGGCCUCAGCUCCAUCCCCAGCGACCCCGCCCUGCACAGGGACGUCAGGGGACUGCAGAUGGGGCCUCGCUACACCUCCACACCCAAACUGGACUCUGGGGUGCAGGGGGACGCACCGCCCAGCAUCCCUCAUCUGAGUGGUCCCAGGAGGCAGCUGAUACUGUCACGCCGAGACGAGAACGAUGGAUUUUAAGAACAAGGGAGGGCAAAAGAGAGGGAGGAGAUAAAAAGAGAUGGUGGAAAGAGAUUGAAAAGUCAAUGGAGAGGAAGCAUAAUCAAACACAAGCCCAGCUCAAAGCUAGCUAAUUUAGAAGCACAAGUAUCUUAAGUAAUAUACAUUUCCUAUAAAGCUGUCCGUUACCAUUUCUUGCUGAUUGUUCCGAGUACCAAGUAAUUUCUAUUGAGGAUUUCCUAUUCCGCCGAGUACCGGUACUUACUUUUUAUAACAAUAACUUUAACCCAGUUCAAUCACCGCUACCUCCUAAUCAACCAAAUAUAAUACAAUAAACAAAUAAUACCACAUAAAAACCUAUUUAAAUGCUUCUAAAAAUAAUACUAGAAAUGGUGACAUGAUCUCGGCUAAAGUGAAGAUACCCGCUGCAAUAUGUCAGCUUAGUAUCUGAACUUUGUUUUGGCUGGCAUUUACAGAUACUGUAUCGGCCAGAUACUGAGUACCAUCAUCGAUAGUAUCAGUGCACCUCUAAUUUCCUGUUGUGUUUUUGUUAUUCCUUUGAAAAGAUACUCACUCCCCAUACCCCCAAAAUUAACAUAAUGAACAGGACAAGGGUUCACUGGGAACCAAUUGUAAGCAAACGACCGAAACGGGGAAGGACUAAACUGAACUUGUCCGUUGCAAAAUGUUUAGCUACGGUGUGCUGUGCACUAAUGACUACACCCCAGGUGAACUUAUACACUCAUUUGCUGACAUUGCUUAGGACAGACAGGGCUUCGUAGUCAACUCGACAAAACUGUUUGAUGGUGAAAUCAGACAGUUGUCUCACAUUUAUAUGACCCAUUUUGCCUUUUGCGAAGUUGUUCAUAUUAACAAACGUAUUUAUUGAGCUAAUUGAUGAAUAUUUUUAAGGUACAUUGUUGCAAAGAUAUAAAACAUUUUUUAUUCUUUGUCUUAAAGACAUGUUGAACAUGUUAAGUUUUUCCAAUUGAGAAACUCUAAAAUAUGUUGUAUUGUACUGUCUCAGGCGCGUGGUUGUGUUUUAAACAGUUUUCACACCUCAAAUGUGAAGGUAAAUGGAAGAAUAAGGGAUAUCCAAGACAUAUUUUGUGACAAUGUUUUGCUGUGAUCAUUUUUUCAUCUCUCUUAUAAGAGAUCAUUGUGUUGUUGAUUAAAUGCUCUAUAAAAGGACCCAGGGUAAGAUACAGUGUCUUCAGAAAGUAUACACACUCCUUGACUUUUUCCACAUUGUUGUUACAGCCUGAAUUUAAUAUUGAUUACAUUGAGAUUUUUUGGGUCACUGGUCUACUCACAGUACCACAUAAUGUCAAACGUGGAAUUAUGUUUUUAAAAUGUUUACAAAUUAUUUAAAAAUGAAAAGCAGAAAUGUCUUGAGUCAAUAAGUAUUCAACCCCUUUGUUUUUUAAUUUUUUUAUUUAACCUUUAUUUAACUAGGCAAGUCAGUUGAGAACACAUUCUUAUUUACAAUGACUGCCUACCCCGGCCAAACCCUCCCCUAACCCGGAUGACGCUCGGCUAAUUGUGCACUGCCCUAUGGGACUCCCGAUCACGGCCUGGUUGUGAUACAGCCGGGAUCAAACGAGGGUCUGUAGUGACGCCUCUAGCACUGCGUUGCAGUGCCUUAGACUGCUGCGCUGCUCGUUAUGGCAAGCUUAAAUAAGUUCAGGAGUAAAGAAAUUGCCUAACAAUCAUGGACUCACUCUGUGGGCAAAAUGUGUGUUUAACAGGAUUUUUUUAUGACUACCUCAUCUCUGUACCCCACACAUAUAAUUAUCUGUAAGGUCCCUCAGUCGAGCAGUGUAUUUGAAACAGAUUCAACCACAAAGACGAGGGAGGUUUUCCAAUGACUUGCAAAGGGCACCGAUUGGUAGAUCUUUUUUUUUUUAAAGCAGACAUUGAAUAUCUCUUUCAGCAUAGUGAAGUUAUUAAUUACACUUUGGAUGGUGUAUCAAUACACCCAAUCAGUACAAAGAUACAGGCGCCCUUCCUAACUCAGUUGCCGGAGAGGAAGAAAACCGCUCAGGGAUUUCACCAUGAGGCCAGUGGUGACUUUAAAACAGUUAGAGUUUAAUGGCUGUGAUAGGACAAAACUAAGCCUGGAUCAACAACAUUGCAGUUACUCCACAAUAAUAACCUAAUUGACAGAGUGAAUUAAAAAUAUUCCAAAACAUGCAUCAUGUUUGCAACAAGGCAUAAAAGUAAUACUGCACAAAAUGUGGCAAAGCAACUGAACUAUGUUUGGGGCAAGUCCAAUACAACACAUAAUUGAGUACCACUCGCCACAUUUUCAAGCAUAGUGGUGGCUGCAUCAUGUUAUGGGUAUGCUUGUAAUCGUUAAGGACUGGGGAGUUUUUCAAGGUAAGAAAGAAACGGAAUGGAGCUAAGAACAGGAAAAUUCCUAGAGGAAAACCUGGUUCAGUCUGCUUUUCACCAGACACUAGGAGAUGUAUUUACCUUUCAGCAAGACAAUAACCUAAAACACAAGGCCAAAUAUACACUGGAGUUGCUUACCAAGAAGACAGUGAAUAUCCCUGAGUGGCCGAGUUACAGUUUUGAUUUAAAUCUGCUUGCAAACUUAUGGCAAGACCUAAAAAUGAUUGUCGAGCAAUGAUCAACAACCAAUUCGACAGAAUUUGAAAAGAAUAAUGGGCAAAUGUUGCACAAUCCAGGAGUGGAAAACUGUGAAGAGACUUACCCAGAAAGACUCACCGCUGUUAUCGCUGCCAAAGGUGAUUCCAACAUGUACAGUAUUGACUCAGGGGGUUGAAUACUUAUCAAGAUAUAUUAGUGUUUUUAUUUUUCAUAAAGUUUUUACACGUUAACAUUUUUCUUCCACUUUCACAUUACAGAGUGUGUUGUGUAGAUUGUUGACAAAAAAUGUCAAUUACAUCCAUUUUAAUCCCACUUUGUAAGACAAUGUGGAUGAAGUCAAGGGGUGUGAAUACUUUCGGAAGGCACUGUACAUAGGCAACAUGUACAGAACACUGAAAUUAUGCUGGUUUUCAUACUUUUCCCCCUCUCAGGUGCUUGCCUAUUCAACAUUUUGUUACAUAGGUCAAGGCCACAGUUGAUGUAAUAACGAACAAGCAAUAAAGGUUAUAUUGGGUGGACUUGA